AUGGCCCGCCGUGUCUUUUCCUGCUUCGGCCGGGGCACGCCGUCCUCCAUCGACCGCCUGAAGGGGGCCGCGGACGAGCCGGCCGAGGAGCAAGGGAGAAGCGGGCCCGUCCUCGUCGAGCUCUUCUUAUCCCAGGGAUGUGCCACGUCACCACAGGCGGAGCUCCUCCUCUCUCGGCUCGCGAGAGGCGAUUUCGAGCUGGACAUUCCCGUCGUCGUGCUCGCUUACCACGUGGAUUACUGGGAUUAUCUCGGAUGGAAGGAUCCCUUCGGAUCGAGCAUCUGGACCGUCCGUCAGAAAGCCUACGUGGAAUCCCUAAAACUCGACACGUUGUACACGCCGCAGGUGGUCGUGCAGGGUCGGGCCCACUGCAUGGGCAACGACGAGGAAGCAAUGCUGUCAGCCGUCCGAUCUGCCGAACGGUUCAUCGCUCCCAGCUUCCAGGCGACGUUCGAACGGCCCUCACCGGACACACUCCAGCUGUCACUGACGGGGCCCAUCCGUACAAGGGUGGACAGCAAGGGUGCGGAUAUCAUGGCUGCGUUGUACGAGAACGGUCUGGUUACCGACUGCACCAAGGGUGAGAACAAAGACCGCAUCCUCAACAACGAUGCGGUGGUCCGCAAGCUGGAGAAGAUCUGCACCGUUAAAGACCUCUCAUCCAAGAAAACGAUAACGGGAACCGUCAAUUUCACCCUGUGGGAGGGCUUCGAGGCUUGCAAAUGUGGGGUCGUUGUGUUCGUCCAAAAUAGCUCCCUCCGUGCGUUUGGGGCCCAGCAUUUCCAAUUGCCUGAACAUCUUUGA